CUCGCACUAAUAUGCUGCUUGCUGUUUGCUCUCUCUAUUUGAGAAACGUGAUUUGUGACUGUAGCGCUGACGCCUCCAACAUCAUACGAGCUGCUAGAGAACUUGCACAACAAAGCAAAUACCACUUCUAGCUUGGUUCGCUGGAACAUCCAGAAAGAAAGAAGUAGAAGCAACAGUUAGGUCAGCUUGAGGGUGCUGUGGAGUUGCCAUCUCAGAUUUCAGGUCAAAUGCCCUUUAGCUGGGUAUGCAGCCAAAGAAAAGCAGAAUACCAGGCAGCACGUGUGGAGACCCAGUGUUCAAAUGCCACAGAGGGCAAUGCCUAUUCUGCACCAGUCAGUCAGGGCUAUGUUUUACCAGAAGGAAAAAUCAUGCCAAACACAGUCUUUGUUGGUGGAAUUGACUUAAGGAUGAAUGAAGCAGAAAUUCGGAGUGUCUUUGAACAAUAUGGUACUGUGAAGGAGGUGAAGGUCAUCACUGACAGAACUGGUGUUUCAAAGGGGUAUGGAUUUGUGUCUUUCCUGGACAAUGUGGAUGUUCAAAAGAUAGUUGAUUCACAAAUCAACUUCCAUGGUAAAAAGCUGAAACUGGGGCCAGCAAUCAGAAAACAACAAAACUUAAAUUCCUGUGUGUAUCCCAGACAACUAGUUCUUGGUCCUCCUCCACCACAGUUCCAGAGUGUAUGGGGUAGUCAGGGUAUGGAAACGUACAUGCAGCCUCCAGCUGUCAUGAACCCAGUAACACCCUAUGUUCAGCCCUAUCCAUACAGUUCAUCACCAGCUGUACUGCUAAAGCAGCAAGUUCCCAUUGGGUAUCAACCGGCUUACAACUAUCAGGCUCAACCACAGUGGCUUCCUGGAGAGCAAAGAAAUUAUGUAAUACCUCCAACUCCGUACUUAAAAACUCCACAGGUGUAUGCUCCAGUAAACUAUCAUGCCACUGAGGAUGCAGGAUUUGUACAGAUGGAAUGUGCUGUUCCAGAGCCCACACAGUUGCCUAACAGCCCACAAAAGAAGUCUGUGGACAGGGGCAUGCAAACAGUAUUAUCCUGUCUGUCUAAUCCUGAGAACCAGCUGACAAAUGACUUUGUAUCACAAGACAACAAUGUAAAGGAGAAUAAGACAUUCCACUUGAGAAAAGGAAGGACAGUACACAAAAACAUUUGAUCAACAAAGACUUCAAAGUACUUAAAUUAAUGACCUAGAUGGUACUUCAGUUUAGCAUUACAGAGUGUAACAAUUUCUCCAAGAUACUUCAAGUAAUGCUUGUGCUCAUGUUCUACCUGUUUUGAUACUGUUGUUGUUGCUUGAAUAGUUUGAAGUUGUAAGAGUUGACAAACUUCAGUGUUACUGUUUUGUGCUUCCCCUGAUAAGAGACUGGAAUGUUGGAGAGUUUUAUGUGUUUGCUGUAUGUGGAUUUUUCUCUGAGCUUUAAGGUACAGUUUGCAUAUUACACAUGUUUUUUUGUUAACUACAAUUUGACUCAUACUGACCAUUUAACUCCUGCCGUUUAGAAAUGGAAGUAGUUAUUUGCCCAAGAGAAUGUAUUUUAAGACUGAACUCUUAAAUCAGUGCAAAAGAAGAUGAGAAGUUGUAACUGAGCUGAAGCCCUGUAAGUCCUGGUUGCCUUUAGACGACAUAAUCAAUGUGAUUAUGUUCAUUGAUGACCGUCUAUGUACCUGCAGUCUUGAAAAUCAGUAUUAUUUUUGGGUAAAUAAUGAAGGGAAUCCUGAAAUUCAUGUAUGUAACUCAAAAUGCAAGAAUGUUAUCUGUAUUGGACACUCAGCCAAUACAAGUUUUUUUUACUUGAAAAGUCUUAGCAAUACCUGUAUUUUAAACUUCUGAGAAAACACUGCACUUAAAUAAGCCUUUGUUAUGUGAUGCAAACUGUUAAUCAAAGAAUAUGUGUAUGACUGUUUUAAUAAUCAUGUAGAUUUUAGGUGUGUAUUGUGAAACAGUGAAAUAAAUUUUUACUUUUCUUUGGUUUCCUAGAUUUCUGGUGAACCAAAUCGAAAUAAUAACUUGUUAAAGCUGUUAAAAAAAGCUGUUAAAAACUUACUACUCUGUGUGAGAUUUCCAGUUGCUAUAAAUCUAUAGCAAACUUUCAUUUUGCAUAGAUAGUAGCUGAAGUUUAAAAGGAGUAGAAUUGAGAAAACAGUCUGGUUUGUUGGGUCCUAUAUUGUUUUUUUCCUCCUACUCAAACACCUCAAUCUCUCCAGACAAUUUAAGAAAACUAUUCCUGUCUUGUUUAGAAUUCAUAUAUGUCUAAGACUGCAUGUUCAGCUUCAAAUUUCCAGAAGGUUUAGAGAUAGUAAUGGCUAAACAAAGACUUAGCUAGAAAUACAUGUUAGUGAAAUAUCUGGAAGGGAACUGGAUAAGUGAGGGAAUAUGGCUAGAGCAAAUGUCCACGGACUGCUUCUCAGGAGUGUUCUGGAUAAAAUUUUAUUAAAGGAGGUGGGGAAGAAUGUUACAAAGCUGAAAAAAGUGGUGAAAAAAUUACCAAUGUUCUGAUAGCAUAAAUUAACCUGGAAAAAGUAAAGCUCAUACUAAUUUCUGUACUCACUGUUUCAUGUUACUGAAGAUAAGUAUUAAGUGUUCCCAUGAUACUGAUUUGCCACAUUUUUCUCAGAUGGCUCUUUUAAAGAUAGUCGUUUGAUUGUGCUUAACUUGUGUUAGCAGCUUUUUUGCAAGGGCUUUUCUAGUAUUGAAUUUGGACCCUGUCCUUUCCAGCUUUCAGUAUCUAAACAAACCUGCAUGUGCUUUCAAAGCUGUGAUGUCAGUUUAUUGAUAAAAGGUAGCUGUUUCUUCGCAAAUGCAGGUUUCUUUUUGGCUUGAUGUUUUAGGUUGACUUGGUUGCACCAGGCCUUACCUGAGGCUUUCUGCUGUAGCUCUAGGAAAAUACAAAGGGCCCUGUGCUUAACUGUCUCAUUGAAGAUGUCCCACCACCAAAAGAAAAGCUUAAACCUGAACAUGUCUACACAGAGUGCGUGAUUUCUGUUUAUUUGACUGAGUGUUACGCAUAGGACCAUCUUUCAUUGAAAUGGUCAUACUAGAUUCUUACAGACAUGCUGAGAGGUUUUAUUACAGGGGAAUAGCCAAGGCCUUCUAAGUACCAAUUAUUUUUUCUUCCAUUAGAUCAUGUUCAUCUUAGCUGGUUCUGCUAGCUGCUUACCUGUAGAGAAUUGAUUUUUUUUUUCUUUAGUUAUAACUAAACCCAUGCCUUUUUAAUGUUCUUUUGAGGUACCAUAUAAGACAUAACAUAAAGCAUAACAAAACUAAUAGGUAAGUCUCUUUACUGUUGGGUUCAGAAAGCUGAAACAUCUGUUUAAUACUGCUAUGACUGAAGGCAUUUCCAAAAUUAGUGCAUGGUUGGAGCAUUUUGCAAAUUUGUACCCCUUGUAUUCUUAAAUCAAGUGGACCAUGUAAACUGAACUAGCAGGAAUAGUGAGUCCUUGUGCAUCUGCAUUUGCUUGCACACAGUAUCUACAUUCUGUGAGAGACUCAAAAGCUUUGAGUGUACUUUAAAUAUUAAAACAGCUCUUUGCCAAAAGAAACAAUUGCUUAGACAAGAUAGAAAAAUUCAGUGCUUGCAUUUAAUUGGUAUUCUAGAGCUAUGGCAUUUGGUUUGUUUUAUGGUUCUUGCCUGAAAUAUCCCAGUUUGCUGUUUGAUAGCCUUUUCAUAUCUUUUUACACAUUUUGCCACCUGACAGAAUUAUUCUUGGAAUGAGACAGCCAGACAGAUGGUAUUCUUGGAUCUCCAUUAGAAUGAUUGUCUGGCACAGACACUAAUUCCCUGUCAAAAUGGAAAUAUUUUUUUUCCUUCUAGGUAUUUGUGUGCUAAACGAAGUUGCUAAGCUAUCUUAAUCUGAAGGUGAUGUGGUCCUUUAUUGCUACAAAGAAGCAAAAGGGUUUUCACAGGGCUUUUUUUGUAUACUUUACUGAAAGAGAUUUUUGAAGUCCUGUAAUGGUUCUGUAUUCCUUGCAGGAAUGACUUUCUAUACCAAUAUUUUAGAAGAGAUAUAUAAUUUAAGAGCUUUUUAUGUCUGCCACUUUCAGUGUUGCUAAGAAAGUUAAAAAAAAAGGUGAUCCCAAGCCAUUAGGAAAACUGAGAUUUCUUCAGAUAGAAUAUGCAUCUCAAAAAUCCUUAAGGUAGCUUUACAACCCAGAUGGAUUCUUACUUCCAACCUUAUUGUUUCUGCUGUAAAAUUUGGGCUGAACCUUGGGAGACAAGCUAAUACUGUAAUAACUUUUAAAGGAAAAGGCCCCAGAUGAGUUCAAAGAGGCCUUUGUAUUGUCCCAGGGACUAUUCAAGCUUUAACUUUGGUGAAUAACUGUAAUGGGUUGGUCUGUUUGUUUUUUUUGUUUCCAAGAAAACCUGUUUUUUUGUUUUGGGUAUUUGGACUUCUUUUUCCUGAGUAGUGUGAACUUGUGUGUAGUGGGUGCUCAAGACAAAUAUGAAAAAGGGUUUUCUGUUCCUUUACUUCAAGGUUAUGAGACUGUAGGUAGUACAGAAGUGAAGACAGGAUUUAUAUUUAUAAGCAUGUUGCUGUAGAAUAUGCUGCUAGUCCAAAAGCAAUUAUUGUAUAGUUAUUCUCAUUUUAAUUAUCUCAAAAUUUCUAAAUAUGUACUCAAAUAAAGAUGCAUGCUGUAGCUAAUA